CGAUGUUGGCUUCCGCCUCCGACUCGCUAUAGUCCAGGGCUCUGGCCCCUGACGCUUCACGCCCUGCUUUCCGGAAGCCUCAAAGCUUAAUCGCCCUAUCCCUCUGAUCCGCCCUUUUCGGGACCGCCUCCUCCGACUCGCCCGGCACAGCCAAUAAGGCCUGAUGACCGGUUUUGUCUCUUCCGCUUCCGUUUCCGUAUACUGAGGGUCUCCCCGAAGGCGAAGCAUGGUGAGGUCGGAACCUUUGUGCAGCCGGAACUAAGGUGCGCUACUCCGCUGGUAGCCGGAGGACUGCAUAAACAGGAAUACCAGUUUUCUUCUAGCAGUUGAUCGCUGAGGUUCCGGUGGGGCAUUGGCGAGUGAGCUCUUCAGCUUCGUUUCCUGUUAUGCACCGACCGAAUUUUCGACCACCAACUCCUCCGUACCCCAGCCCGGGGAUAGGAGGUUGGGGUGGCGGAAACAACUUCCGGGGUACCCUGGGCGGGGGGCCGCGGCCGCCCUCCCCGCGGGACGGGUACGGGAGUCCGCACCACACUCCGCCCUGCGGGCCCCGGGCUAGGCCUUACGGGAGCAGCCACUCUCCGCGGCAAGGCGGCAGCUUCUCGGGGGCCCGCUUCGGGUCUCCGUCCCCGGGCGGCUACCCAGGCUCCUACUCCAGGUCCCCCGCGGGGUCCCAGCAUCAGUUCGGCUACUCCCCAGGGCAGCAGCAGACCUACCCCCAGGGUUCUCCAAGGACAUCUACACCAUUUGGAUCAGGGCGUGGUAGAGAAAAAAGAAUGUCUAAUGAGUUGGAAAGUUAUUUUAAGCCUUCAAUGCUUGAAGACCCUUGGGCUGGCCUAGAACCAGUAUCUGUAGUGGAUAUAAGCCAACAGUACAGCAAUACGCAAACAUUCACAGGCAAAAAAGGAAGAUACUUUUCUUAAAAUUUCUGAAAUUCAACUGGAAGCCUCAUGUGUCAGGAACAUCUUGGACAGAACUUUUACUUGUGUAAAUGAGUUGAACCCAAAGAUGAUGACUUUGAAUAAUGAUUAGCAGACCCUUGGUAUAUCUCUAACUUUUUCAAGUGUUGAUAUUAGAGAAAAUGAUAGGGUAAUUUACAGUAUUUAGCUAUCUGGGAGUGUGUACCACGGAAUACAGUUUUCAUAUUUAACAUUUCCAAGAUAACAAACAUUUGUUUUUUUCAGUGUUUUACAAUAAAACAUUUUUGUCUUCCUAA